AUGCGCCGGCCAAAUCAAACAGAAGAACGUCACCUAGUUCUCUUCGGGGACCAAGUGGGCAAUGUUUCUUCGCUGGCGAAAAGACUAUUGUUAGACGCUCCUCAGAGUGUUGCUCAGAGCGAUUUUGCUCGAGAUGUAAGUACCACGCUGAGCCUCUUGAGUGAUCGACUUCGUCCGUUUCAUCGGGAACACCUACCACGUUUUGACACUGUCCAUAACCUCGCCACUAUAUAUCAUGAAAGCAAUGGAGCUUGCCAUCCUGCCAUCUCCAGUACUCUUCUGGCGGUUGUUCAAUUCUUGCAACUAUUUCGAUAUUACGAAGCAAGGGCUCGUCAACCCGAAAAUCACGACGAAAUCUCAGUCGUUGGCCUCUGCACCGGAUCCCUGGUUGCGGCAGCAUACGCCUGCUGCUCAUCUCUUGAUGAUCUCAAAGCUCUGGCUGUGCCUACAGUUUCCAUCGCCUUUCAGAUGGGGUUGCAGGUAGCAACUGCCAGCAGUAUGCUGCACGAGCAGGGCGCAACAUUGGAAAGCUGGUCAACUGCCAUCUCGAAAAUAAGCGAGGAUGAAGUACUUUCGGCGCUUAAGAUUUAUGAUGCUGGUGGUCUUUUGUCUCUCCGCCACCGAUGUUUUAUCAGUGCCAUUGGCCUGAACGGUGUUACAGUCAGUGGAUCACCACCUGCCUUGCGUCGGUUCGCGGAAAACUUGACCGAGUCCGAUCCUAGCAAGAGGAUGAGGGAGCUCCCGAUCUACGGAGCAUACCAUGCUUCACAUAUACACGGAGUUUUGGAUUUUCCCAGUUUCCUCAACCGAGCGGGUGUCAACCCGGAGUUUUUGGCUAGCUUUCCAACGCGGAAGACUCUCCUUUGUCCUCUGACGGGAAGGCCGGUCGAUGCUCCAAACUCUCUUGGUUUAUUUAAAAGUGUUGUACAUCACACGUUGCAAGCACCAUUGCGCUUCGACCUGGUGGUUGACGAGUUAGUCGCCCAAAUUCAAGCAAACGGCACCGCCUCCAUCGCGUUGCAUGUGGUCGGACCAACUGCAGCGGCUGAGGGCCUUGCAUCGGCACUUAGGUCGAGAACGGAGGCAGCCGUCGUCACUCAGGAUUUGAUCACUCUUGAUUCUCGGAAGGACCAGUUCCAGCCAUCAGGAGCAUACAACAAUGCCCCCCUUGCUAUUGUUGGUGUGUCGGGUCGAUUCCCUGGUGCAGAAAGUGUUGAAGAGCUGUGGAGUGUUUUGGAGGCCGGUCUUGACAUGCAUCGAGUGAUUCCUAAAGACCGCUUCGAUGCUGAGAAGCAUGUCGACCCGAACGGUAAGGCAAAGAACACCAGUUGGACACCAUACGGCUGCUUCAUUGACCGACCUGGAGACUUCGAUCCUCGAUUUUUCAACAUGUCCCCGAAAGAAGCUCUGCAGACAGAUCCCAUGCAACGGCUGGCUCUUGUCACAGCUUAUGAGGCAUUGGAAAUGUCCGGAUAUGUUCCCAACAGAACACGAUCAACGGCUUUGAAUCGCAUUGGAACCUUCUACGGCCAAACUAGCGAUGACUACCGUGAUGUGAACUCAUCGCAAGAUAUUGGAACUUAUUUCAUCACUGGUGGAAUCCGCGCAUUUGGACCUGGACGAAUCAAUUACUAUUUCAAAUUCGAGGGCCCGAGCUUCAAUGUCGAUACUGCCUGUUCCUCCAGCUUGGCCGCAAUUCAGCUUGGAUGUACGUCUCUGUGGAGCGGUGAUUGUGACACAGCAGUAGCCGGUGGAUUGAGCGUGCUCACAUCGCCCGACCUAUUCUCUGGCUUGAGUCGAGGCCAGUUCCUCUCGAAGACCGGGUCAUGCAAGACAUUUGACAAUGAUGCCGACGGCUAUUGUCGCGCAGAUGGUGUCGGAACAGUUGUCAUUAAACGGCUUUGUGAUGCUGAGCUUGACAAUGACAAUGUUCUCGCCGUUAUUCUUGGUGCUGCUACAAACCAUUCGGCACAGGCAAUUAGCAUUACGCACCCACAUGCCGAAACACAGUCUAACUUAUAUCGUGAGAUUCUGCAGCAUUCAGGUGUGGAUCCCUUUGAUGUUGGCUACGUUGAGAUGCAUGGCACUGGGACGCAGGCCGGUGAUGGAACAGAGAUGCGCUCAGUGACGGAUGUAUUUGCUCCUGCUCGUCCUUCCCGACCUGCUAAUAAUCCAUUGUAUGUGGGAGCUAUCAAGGCAAACAUAGGGCAUGGAGAAGCUUCAUCUGGAGUCGCAUCUUUGAUAAAGUCCAUACUGAUGUUCAAGAAAGGGGUUAUUCCACCCCAUGUUGGGAUCAAAAAUGAGAUCAACAAGGGCUUUCCAGAUCUCGAAGCACGAAAUGUCCGAAUCGCGACGGCCAAAACCCCUUUGCCAGCACCAAGAGGCCCGAAGCGAACGGUGCUCGUCAAUAAUUUCAGCGCCGCUGGUGGCAAUACUGCGCUGUUGAUCCAAGAGCCCCCUAAGCCCGGUGCCCGCGAGGAAGAGGACCUUCGUCCCUUGCACGCAGUCACGGUCUCCGGGCAUACAGCGUUGGCAUUGAAGAACAACCUGGAAAGAAUGAUUGCAUAUACCAUCAGUAACCCAGAUAUUUCGCCAGGAGACUUGAGCUAUACGACAACCGCUCGUCGAACCCAUCAUCCUUUUCGAGUAACAGUCGCCGAGCCGACAGUUGAACGGAUCCGAGUGGCUCUGCAAAACAAACAGGGACUGGCGCCAUAUAACUCACUUCUGUCGAGCCACAAACGCUCAGUGAUCUUUUCUUUCACCGGCCAGGGUGCAACCUAUGCUGCCCUGGCUCAGGAACUGUACGCAAAAUCGACUCAAUUCCGCGCUGAUAUCUCGCUAUUCGACGGGAUUGCAAGGCAGCAAGGAUACCCGUCUUUUAUUCCCCUGGUUGAUGGGACAGUCUCUGAUAUCAAUCAGCUAUCCGCUAUUCAGACCCAGGUCGGACUAGUGUCCAUUCAAAUGGCCCUUUCUCGUUUGUGGCGCUCAUGGGGAGUAAAGCCCACUGCAGUCAUUGGUCACAGCCUCGGUGAGUACGCGGCUCUUCAAGUGGCUGGCGUCCUUUCUAUCAGCGAUGCCAUUUUCCUCGUUGGCCACCGGGCGCGUCUGCUAGAGACUCACUGUCAGCCGUAUACCCAUUCUAUGCUGGCCGUAUCAGAAUCAUCUGCUGUUGUUGGGGAGCUGCUGUCUACCUUCCCCGAGGAAGUCGAAAUUGCUUGCUCCAACAGUCCCCGGGAAACCGUCUUUGCUGGCAGAAGAGAGGUGAUCGAGAAGCUGGAGGUGCAUUUAUCUGGAGCAAAGAUUCGUUAUACUAAGCUGCAAGUUUCUUUUGCGUUCCACACGGCCCAGGUCGAUCCCAUACUUGAUAACCUAGGAGAGGUCGCCAAGGCGAUUAAUUUCGGUGCACCGCAAAUUACUAUCUUGAGCUCUUAUUUUGGCCGUCCACUUGCUGCAGAGGAACGAAUUGAUGCAAAUUAUAUUCGCCAGCACUGCCGGCACACGGUACAAUUUGCCAAUGCUGUGCAGUCAGCACAAGAUCAGGGCCUGGUCAAUGAAGCCUCGGUGUUCAUUGAGAUCGGCCCACAUCCAAUUUGUCUGGGCAUGAUUCAAGGCGUAUUGGGCGACGCACAUCUCAAGGUUCCAACAUUGAAGCGGAAGGAGAAGCCAUGGAAAGUGAUCGUGAGCGGUCUAGCUUCUUUGCAUGACCAGGGCUUCUCGAUAAAUUGGUCCGAGUAUCACCGCGAUUUCGACCACACACAUCGGCUUCUCUCUCUUCCUUCCUAUGCCUUUGACAACAAACGAUACUGGCAGGAAUACCGGAAUGACUGGACGCUGGGCAAAGGGGAUGCUUUACCCACCAUUCAACCCUCCGACAGAGUUGAACUAUCUGCGAAGAAGCUGACAAGCUCUGUCCACCGGGUCGUGGAAGAGAACUACAAUGGUUCUAAUCCGAUCGCGGUUUUCGAAACGGAUCUCUGGGAUUCCCAAAUCUAUGCCGCCGUUAGUGGACAUCGUGUUAAUGGUUCCGCUCUUUGUCCAUCGUCCAUAUACGCAGAUGUUGCUCAGACCAUCGCCCAUCACAUCCAGCAGCAGAUUCAUGCCGGUAUCAAAUUACCUGGUCUAAACGUCACUGGUAUGGAGGUAACACAGCCAUUGAUUAUAAAGUCUCCCAGACAGCACGAGAAUCGCAUCUUGCGGGUCAUUGCGCACGUCGACAAAAUCUCACAACAAGUACGUCUCGAAUAUAAUUCUAUUACACAAGGGCAAAAGGUAGCAACCAGGCAUGCCAAUUGUGUUGUCGAGUAUGGCUCGCCAGAGAAGUGGCUUCGACGUUGGUCGCAUAGCCUUCACUUGGUACAAGGACACAUCAAGGAACUGGAAACCAAGGCAAAUCUGGGAGAAAUAAGUAAAAUUACCAGUCGCUUGGUCUAUCGACUUUUCAGCAGCCUGGUUGACUAUGCGCCUGAGUACCAACGAAUGAGGCAGGUUCUUCUAGCGAGCAAUCUUUAUGAGGCUUCCGCCACGGUCAGCCUGGAUGAGCGAGGCGAUGACGCCUCGUUCCAAUGCAGUCCUUACUGGAUUGAUUCUUUGGCUCACCUGUCAGGCUUUGUCAUGAAUGGAAAUGAGAACAUCAACUACCAAGAUGCCGUUUACAUAUCUCAUGGAUGGGAGAGUAUGCGCUUCGCCAAGAAUCUCGUUUCUGGUGGUCAAUAUCAAACCUACGUUCGAAUGUUACCGGUUGAUAAAACAAUGUUUGGAGGUGACGUCUGGAUUUUGCACGAGGGAGAAAUUGUCGGUGUGAUCGAAGAUCUUCGAUUCCAACGCGUUCCACGAAGCAUUCUUGAUAUGCUUCUCCCGCCGGUUGGAGUAAAUGCCGCCAAAGAGAUCACCAAACAAGUCGCACCGAACAAGAAACAUUCGCAACCUGUUAUUCCAAAGGCUCAAGCGCCACCAACGCAGGUCAAUAGCAACACAACCGAAGAAGUCAAACGACAAUCUGAACAGUCAGCUAACUCCCUGCUCGACUUGAUCGCGGAAGAGCUUGGUCUAGCGGCAUCCGAAAUAUCUCCCAAAGAUAACCUGAGUGAGCUCGGAGUUGACUCCCUCAUGGCUUUGACACUGGUAAGCCGACUUCGCGAGGAGAUGGACCUCGAUAAUACUCACAGCAACUUUCUUGAACUUUCUACCAUUUCUCAACUUUUGGAUUAUUUGAAUGAAGUGCCACAUGCUGUCGCGAACGAUAUAGUGGGCGAGGGCCCCUUGAAUGAUCAAGCUGCUGCUCACUACAGCUCGUCUCCAAGUUCAGGGAAUUCCUUUUUUGACGUCAUCACACCAGAUAGCUCAGCCGACGAUGUCUUACAUCUCGUGAGACAUAUCAUCCUGGAGGAGACCGGUCUCGCUGAGGAUGAGCUAGAAGUAACAGCAGACCUUGCCUCUUUGGGAGUCGAUUCUUUGAUGAGCUUGACUGUCCUGGGAAAGCUCCGAGAGCAGGGCGUUGAGCUCCCUAUGGAAUUUUUCAUCCAUCAUACCACAAUGGGCGAAGUUUCGCAAGCUCUGGUUAGCGGCAACAAUGAUCUACGACCCGAAGAGAUUCUACCCUCCACUAAGGAGAGAGGUCGUGAAGCAAAUUGUAUCCUUCUCCAGAAACGGUCUAAUCCAACAAGCAGCAAAACACUUUUUCUGUUUCCCGAUGGCUCAGGGUCCCCGGCGUCCUAUGCAGGGCUAAAACAGCUUCACGCGGACUUUGAGAUUUGCGGUCUAGUCUGCCCCUUCGUCAAUGACCCGGGUCGCUACACCGAUGGUAUCGAGGAUGUCGUCAGAAUAUAUCUGUCUGCAAUCAAAAACCACAGUCCUUCAGGUCCGUAUCAUCUUGGCGGCUGGUCCGUUGGUGGUGUUCUUGCGUAUGAAGCAUCCAAACAGCUCAUCGACGCCGGCGAGAAAGUACACGACCUGGUCCUGAUCGAUGCUCCAUGUCCCGCAGUGCUGGCUCCCAUGUCUUACUCUCUCAUCGAGUUUUUGAACUCCAUCGGCGUUAUCGGCGGAACAAAAACCGAUGGCUCCGCACUUCCAAAUUUAAAGCGCCGGCUUCUGCUUGACCACUUUGACGCAACUGUCAAGAAUUUAGGUGCCUACGAUCCAGCCCCUUCUCCAAUAUCGGUUGGCUCAUCACCCCGUACAUCCAUUAUAUGGGCUCAGGAAGGUGUGUGUGAUGGAUUGAAUGACCCAAGGCGGAGGGCAAACCCUUCACUGGCCGCCGAUGCCACUGCGAGCUGGAUUCUAGACAAACGCACUGAUUCCGGCCCCCGAGGAUGGGAAUCGCUUAUAUCGAUCAACCAUAUUUUUCCUUUUCUGUCCCUGGAAAUCAUUUCAGCAUAA